AAUCAGAGGUUUGGAAAUUCUAUUAUCCAUGUGUCUGAAAAUUAAAGAAGGGCUUCGUAGCCGUAGUCGUAGCCGACCCGCACAAUAAAAGAGAGCCUCUUCUGGAGCCGACUGAAAAUGUCGUGCUUAACAGAACACUACUGUAAAAGCUGCCCCUCAAUCUGCUUCACUUCAUAUAUGCCUCAGAAACCCAACCCUGUUCCACUAUUCCAAGCACCACACUUUCUCUCUCUAGUCUCUUCCCCUCUCUCUCUCUCUCCCACACCAUAAAAGCCCCUCACACUCCCUCCCUCGCAGUCCCACAACACCAACCCUACCCCUUCAGCCUUUCUCUUAUUUCUCUGUUGAUCAUCUUCUUCUCCAGUCAUUUCAUCAGACUCAACCGACCUAGCUUAGCUUAACUUACCCAGAUGCCGUCAGACUCGGGCGACCCGAACAACCGGAGACCCACAAAGGCGCAGAGUCUGGGAGCUCCGCCGCCGGAGCAGGAGCACCUCCCUUGUCCCCGCUGCGAGUCCACCAACACCAAGUUCUGCUACUACAACAACUACAACUUCUCUCAGCCUCGUCACUUCUGCAAGUCCUGCCGCCGCUACUGGACCCACGGUGGGACACUCCGUGACAUCCCCGUCGGCGGCGGCAGCCGCAAGAACGCCAAGCGCUCCCGCACCUCCUCCACCGGUUCCAUGGUCUCUUCUGCAUCUGAUCACGCCUUGCCGGCCACCCCGGUUUUUGUGCCGGUAUCGGCUGGACAAGGCGGGGCCGGGCAGUUCGGCGGUUGCGGUGGCGGUGUGAAGGGGAAUGUGAGUAAUGGAGGGAGCUUUACUUCUCUGCUCAACACUCAGCCCGGGUUUUUGGCGCUGGGAGGAUUUGGGCUUGGGCUUGCGACUGGGUUUGAGGAGAUGGGCUUUGGGUUCGGGAGAGCGAUGUGGCCUUUUCCCGGCGUGGGGUCGGAUGGUGGUGCUGGAAUCGGGGCGAACGGCGUGUCGCAUGGGAUGAUGAACGCGUGGCAGUUCGAGAAUGGCGAGACUGGUGGGCUUGUUAACGUUGGUCUCGGUGGUGGUGGAGAGUUCUGUUCUUGGCCAGAGCUGGCAAUUUCUACUCCUGGUAAUGGUCUCAAGUGAAGAAGCUUUGCUUUGCCUUGUAAAAUUUAGCUACUCUUUUUGGGUUUCUUAUGGAAAUUAUGUGCUUGAAUGCUCCUACGGUUUAAAGAAAAUAGUGUCGAGUCUUGGGACUAAUUUUACUCGGUGUAAUUUUAAUCCACGAGUACUUUAGUAGUUGUAGCAGCUUAAUGUUUUCA